AUGAGUUACGUAGACCCGGUGUACAUGAAGACGGGUCGUUCCACCGAGAAUAGCGAGGUGUAUAGCUUCGGUGUGGUGCUCCUGGAGCUCAUCACUCGGAAGAUGGCCAAGUACGACGGCAACAGGAGCAUGCCCAUGGACUUUGUCACGUCCUGCAAGGACGAGGAGGGCAACGUCAGGAGAGCAAUGUACACGACAAGGACAUCUUGGAUUUGA